UAUUCAGUAGCUCUUGAAGCGUAACACCUCUGUUUCAUCGUGCAUUUUCUUGAUUACACGAAAAUAUGGCGAGUUUGGCUACAAAGGGAUCGGGACUUGUAAGCAGGCUUCUUGUUCAGGCAAGGCCUCAGCUCGAUGUUUUCUUGAAAUACGCCAAGGUGGAACUAACUCCGCCAACGCCAGCCGAUAUUCCAGCAAUUCGUCAGAGCAUUGGCAAUAUUGUCAAGGGUGCUAAAACCGGCUCUUACAAGAACCUUACCGUUCGUGAAGCUUGGUUAAAUACACUUAUCACCGCCGAGGUCAUCUUUUGGUUUUACAUUGGCGAAUGCAUCGGAAAGCGCCACAUUGUUGGAUAUAAUGUUUAAACAUCACAUGUCCAGUUUUGUAGCUAACGAAAUGAAAAAAUGCUUGUUUCAGAUAUACAUAGAUGUCUGCUAAUGUCUGGACACUAAAUAAAGUGAAAUAAUAAUACCGUAAA